AUGUUUCGCAUGGCAAGUUCCCUUCCGCCCACCCCCGGAUUUGUAGUAAGCAAGACUCUCGAUGUUAUCACCCUCUUCCACAAACCGAGCGUGCCCGCGUCCGCGAGGGUGUUGACCCUCCUCAAGCAAGCAUCCGCCCAAGCCAGUGAGACAGCUACGGAAGACCAGGCAUCUGACCACACGCCUCAGAACACAGCUGUCACACGCGACCCGUUUGAGCUUGAGGUCACCGAGACUGCACCCACGCCGGACCAGCUGAAGAGCAUCUUCGGCUACCUCGGCGCAGGCGUUGCGGGGGAUUUGGUCAAAGGAGCUGCCAGCCAGAGCGACGCCCUCAGAAAAGUGCAGGAGAACGGUGACGUGUUCACUAGGCCUGUCGUAGUGGACUGGGGACGGGGCAAGGCCGUCGUUGGGGACAAGGAGAGCGAAAUUCUCAAGCUGUUGAAAGCCGAGAAGUAG